AUGCGGUCGCAAGUACUGCGAGCCGGACAGGCUGCUAACUGCAGACCUCACCUCCUCACAUCCCGCCUUUCCACACAGGCACGAUACCUCGCAACUUCCACAUCGAUCCCAAGCGCCCGCAAUGUCGACAUCGCCUCGCGAACGCCGCCGUACGAGAAGCUGCUUGGCCGCCUCAGCGAGGUCCGCCGCGUCCUCGGUUCAUCACGCCAGCUCACCCUUGCCGAGAAGAUCUUGUACUCGCAUUUGGAUUCUCCUGAAGAGUCGCUGCUCAGCAACACCAACAACGGACGCGACAUCCGCGGACAGGCCAACUUGAAGCUCAAGCCAGAUCGCGUGGCUAUGCAAGAUGCUAGUGCGCAGAUGGCGCUUUUGCAGUUUAUGAGCUGUGGACUGCCAACCACAGCGGUCCCUGCUAGUAUUCACUGCGACCACCUGAUUGUUGGUGAAACCGGCGCAGAUGCCGAUUUGCCCAAGUCGAUUGCGAACAACUCGGAGAUUUUCGAUUUCUUGGAAAGUGCGGCAAAGAAGUAUGGUAUUGAGUUCUGGCCUCCUGGUGCUGGUAUUAUCCAUCAGUCUGUCUUGGAGAACUACUCUGCUCCUGGACUCAUGAUGCUUGGUACUGACAGUCACUCUGUCAACGCUGGUGGUCUCGGCGCUAUUGUCAUUGGUGUUGGCGGUGCUGAUGCCGUCGAUGCUCUUGUUGACGCGCCCUGGGAACUGAAGGCACCCAAGAUCCUCGGUGUCAAGCUUACAGGUGAGCUCAACGGUUGGGCUUCUCCCAAGGAUGUUAUCCUGAACUUGGCGGGUCAGCUCACAGUUCGUGGUGGAACCGGCUACAUUAUCGAGUACUUCGGAGAGGGUAUCAAGUCUCUGUCUGCUACCGGUAUGGCCACUAUUUGCAACAUGGGUGCGGAAGUUGGCGCCACGACUUCGCUGUUCCCCUUCUCGCAGGCUCACGUUCCCUAUCUCCAAGCGACAAAUCGUGGACCGAUCGCGGAAGCUGCACUAAAGAUCGCUCGGUCGCCAAUGGGGCGCAAUCUCCUGCAAGCCGACCCCGAAGCCGCCUACGACAAGGUCAUCGAAAUCAACCUCUCUACCCUCGAGCCUCACAUCAACGGCCCCUUCACCCCUGAUCUCUCCACCCCUCUGUCCAAGUUCAAGUCGGUUGUCGAAGAGAAGGGCUGGCCGCAGACCUUCGGUGCGGGACUCAUUGGCAGCUGCACAAACAGCUCUUACCAGGAUAUGCAGCGAUCAGAGGACAUCGUCAAGCAGGCCGCGGCUGCUGGCCUGAAGCCUAAGGCCAAUUUCUUCAUCACACCAGGCAGUGAGCAGAUCAGGGCUACUCUCGAGAGGGACGACACCAUCAAGACCUUCGAGACCGCUGGUGGCACAGUUCUCGCCAACGCUUGCGGCCCUUGCAUUGGACAGUGGACAAGAACCGACGAGGUCAAGAAGGGCGAAUCAAACGCCAUCUUCACAUCGUACAACCGCAACUUCCCCGGUCGCAACGACGGCAACCGCGCUACUAUGAAUUUCCUCGCCUCUCCCGAACUCAUUACCGCCAUGGCCUAUUCGGGAUCUACCACGUUCAACCCCAUGACUGACAGCAUCAAGACCCCGUCCGGCGAAGACUUCAAGUUCCAGCCACCCAAGGGUAUUGACCUGCCAACUGCUGGUUUUGAGGAGGGCAGGGCUGAGUUCCUCCCCACCCCUGGAGUGGCUGACCCCAGUGUCGAAGUCCAGGUCAGCCCUACAUCAUCGCGUCUGGCUCUCCUGGACCCCUUCUCGCCGUUCCCCUCAUCUGAGCUGAAUGGAUUGAAGGUGCUUUACAAGGUCAAGGGACAGUGUACAACUGACACUAUUUCGGCUGCAGGUCCUUGGCUCAAGUACAAGGGUCACCUGCCCAACAUCUCCGAGAACACUUUGAUCGGCGCUGUCAACGCCGAGACCGACGAAGUGAACGUUGCCUAUGAUACCGAUGGCUCCAAGACCUCGAUCCCUGAGCUUGCCAAGCGCUGGAAGGAGCAGGGUACCGAGUGGCUUGUUGUCGCCGAGCACAACUACGGUGAGGGCUCUGCCCGCGAGCACGCGGCUCUGCAGCCCCGCUACUUGGGCGGACGCAUCAUCCUCACCAAGUCUUUCGCACGUAUCCACGAGACCAAUCUGAAGAAGCAGGGUAUGGUCCCGCUGACAUUCGCCAACGAGUCCGACUACGAUUUGAUCGACUCGUGCGAUGAGGUGUCGACAAGAGGUCUGUUGGAGACUCUGCAGAACGGCGGCAAGGGCGAGAUCGAGCUCGUUGUCAAGAAGAAGGAUGGCAAGGAGGUUGUCGUCAAGACCAAGCACACCCUUACCAAGGACCAGAGCGCGUUCGUGCUUGCGGGUAGCGCUCUGAACUUGCUUGCUGCACAGGCAGCCGAGUCGAGGGAGGAGGUGACUCGUGCGAAUGAGCUUUCUGAUUAA